AUGGCAUUUCCUUUGCCAAGAUUCGAGAAGUGUUGUUGUUGUUUACCGUUGAGGACUGGCUCUCUUCUUAUUGGAUACGUAUCUAUUGUCUUUUCUCUGUUAAGUAUAAGCGGGAUAUCAUAUUCCUUAUUCAGGGUUAUAACAUUUGUCCAGAAUAACGAAAACCCUCCCGACCAAGAACACAGCAAGGAAGAGUAUGACAGAAUAACGAUCAGCCUGUAUAUAUCUCACGGUUAUAUACUGUUUGUAUAUUUAUAUUAUACAGUAAUAAAUGUAAUGCUUAUUAUAGGAGUACACUUGAAUAAAAUAAUCAUUUUGAAGUACUACGUGUAUUGUGCGUGGUUAGUGCUAGUACUAGCGAGUGCAACAGUCGUUAUAUCAACAGUUCUCCUACAUUUUAUCGCCACCAUUGCAUUGUUAAAGUGGUGCCUAAUUAUUUUCUACUGCCUGCUAGUAGUAAGGAGUACGUUUUUACAAAUGGAAGAACGGAAUAAACCCCGUGAAUUUGAGAUGCAGAACUUGUAUAUGCCACAACGAGCACCAUUAUUACUCUAG